AACAUUCACAGCACUCUCACAACACUGUUGUUACAUUCGCUCUGCCGGGUAGAAUGGCUGUAAGGCAAAACUUGGAGUUCUUUACACAUUAAAUACAACAGGUGCAACGAUGCUCGGGACGAACCAUAGAGCCUCGCCUGAAGAGUCCCUUUGUUCUAGGUAAGUUUGCUCUAUAACUCAAAUUCAACAAUUAUACAUUAGCAUCUGACAGCUGUACUAUUCUGGAUCGAAUUCUGAGACCUGGCUAUCUGUUCUUGUUGUGUACCACUGUGACCAGCUGUUUCAAGUUAAGGUUUCGUUUCACAAGUACAUGAAUGACUGACUGCUUAUAAAGCCUCCAGUGGUGUAAUAACAUGAGUGUAGUUAGAACCCGUAAAAGCCUAAAAAAAUCCUACAUUCCUGUAAGUCUGUCAUGUAAAAUAAACGGAACGAUAAGUUGUCAUGUUUGAAAAAUCUAUGCACUCACUAACUGUAAGUCGCUCUGGAUAAGAGCGUCUGCUAAAUGACUAAAAAUGUUUAAAAAUAUAUAUAAAUGUAAAAAAUGUAGUCCCGUGUAGCUCAGUUGGUAGAGCAUGGUGCUUGCAACGCCAGGGUUGUGGGUUCGAUUCCCACGGGGGGCCAGUAUGAAAAAAUUAAAAUAAAAAUAAUGUAUGCACUCACUAACUGUAAGUCGCUCUGGAUAAGAGCGUCUGCUAAAUGACUAAUACAAAUAAAUAUAAAUAAAUAAAAUGUAGUGAGGCUAUGGGAUGGGAAAUACCCUUAAGUUAUGGGGAACAGGUUGUAUUUCAAAUCCCCGUUUCCAAAUCUAAUGUCAGAUAAUGGAGAAGUUAUGAUUGAAAGAAGACGCAGAGCGUUACUAAAAACACACAUACUUAUUGUACUAACUUUGGGAGAAGUGAACUUUACAGUAAACACGCACACAUUUACAUUCACAUUUACAUAAGAUAGCAGACGCUCUUAUCCAGAGCGACUUACAAAUUGGUGCAUUCAACUUAUGAUAGCCAGUAAACACACACGCACAUAAACACGCACAUACACACAUACCAAUGCACAUCGAUUUUUGAGUCUGUCCAUGUGUAAUGGGAAUUUCUUGGUGAACAUAAAGGAGAGAUGUAAUUGAUCAUAUCAAUCAAAAUCAUUUUGGUUUGAUUACAAGUUGCAACAGGGAGACGCCUCCAGCACACAAGCAGAGAAAAUGUCUAACAUGCCUCUUGGAGACAGGCCUGUUAUAUUCUAAUCAGACAGCACCAAGUGUGCUGUAAACACCAGCCCGAGAGGCUUGUACGAAGUCAAAACAAAAGACAGUGACUUUGCCAGCAGCUACAGAAUCAUACAGUGUGCAUAAUGUCGUCAAUACUGUAAUAAUCAGUGUGUCCUCCGUUCUUGUGCCUUCAGUAGCUCUGGCGUCAAUCACUAUCAAAUUAUAUGAGAAGAAUCCAUAACACUGAGUAACAAAUGUAGUGACCAUCAACUCUUUAAAAAAUGUGUCACAAAUAGAACACUGGUAAUCAUAUGUAUUACAGAACAGGAAAAACAUAUACAUAUGCUAAGCAUUGUGUUAAUCACUCUAAAGUGAAUAAGAACUUUAUUCACCUUAAAUUUCCCCACUACACCAUGUCAAGAGGCAUUACAUUAUGUCAUUCUAUUCCACCCCCCUCAUCAGCUGAACUGCGUAACAUAUAUUAUCUGUUCCUCCAAUGGUAACCUGUGAAAGUUUUAUUCGUCAGCAGAUACACUAGGAUCACAUCUGCUUUUGGUCAGUCUGCACAUGUUACAGUCAGAGUGGAGGAGAGGCCAAGGCUACUGGUUUAUUUCAUUAGUGGACAGACCUCUAUUCUGAGAUCAGAUUUAUUGCGUACUACUUGUCCAGCUCUAAAAAUCAUGCUUCUGUGACUGACUUUAAAUAGGCCAUAACUCACCAGCCAGCGUAAUACUAUUUGGAGCAUCAUCUGCAGAAGAAGAACGUAUGUAUGAUGCUCUCAAGUCCUAUGAUCUAGGUCUAGAACCUCAAUAACAACAAGUGAGUAACUUUCUGGUCCAACCAGUCCAACUUGUGGUAAUUGGUCAAACCUUUUUCUCUAUCUAAACAUUCCUCAAUAUAAAGAGCAAAGCCUAAUGUUAUAAUACCGGUACAUGUCUAUGUUGGAUCUCUUUGACUUAGUCAGGUGUUUUGUAAUUGUUGCACAAUCUGCCAUGGAUUUUUUAAAAGUCAGUAAGUUGUUAUCGUCUGUCUAUUGUAGCUAAAGAACUCAAUGCUGUUGUCUUGGCAUGCUGGGUCAAUUACAUUGAACACCAUAAGGACCAUUGACCUGUCUAGUCAUGGUCAUUAUCAUAUCCAGCCUGUAUCUGUAGUCUGUAGUCUUAACACGUCCGUAUGUAUGUGUGUGUGUGCGUGUGCGUGCAUGAGACUGAAUGUCUAGCAAUUUUUCAUGCUGACUCUAGCUCUUUCUCUAGGUGACCUCAGAUCACACACACCUCAUUCCUCUCUCUGGCUGUCACCUGACUGGUGGUUGCAAUGGCUUUACAAAAUGGAUACUCCAUCAACUCCUCCCCACUGGACGAGAGUGGAGAGGCCACACCCCUACUUAAAAAAGAAGUGGUGGACGUUGAUGAUUCAGGUGUCUUAACUUGUUUUGGUUGCUCUUUUGCGUAGUCAGCACUCAGCAGCAUGGAUGUGCUAGUAGUGCUUCAUUAUGUAAUGAUAACCUUAUGAUAGUUGAAUGAAGUCAUAUCAAGUGUUUGUCAGUAUGGGGCAUUGAUGUCAAUGGGUGACUAAGUGAAAAUUUGACCUACGGGAAAUUCGGAUUCGCCCCUAUGAUUUUGCUUAUUACAUCAUAACUAACACUGUGCUAGUGAAAUAGGUCAUUUAAGUGUCAAGUGCUCCUCGUUUGCUAGUGUAGAUGUACUACUAGCACUGUCUAAACAGUAAUCUUUAAGUCUCAAGUGUUUUCAGAUAGACUGUGAGGUGUGAUUGUGCACUUGUUGUCAUCAUGUCUAACAGUACCUCCACAAUGUUGCUCUGCACGCUGCAAUCUGGCCAUCAUGAUGUUCUUUGGAUUCUCCGUUGUCUACGGUCUCCGUGUCAAUCUAAGUGUUGCCAUGGUCGCCAUGGUCAAUGGGACCAAUAGCCAACCAUCUCUCAACAGCUCAGGUGGCCAUGAGUGCCCAGUGUCCUCCCACGGGUACGACAAUGGCAGCCAAACACCAGACCAACCAGACGGGGUAAGUACCAGCUCUUCCAAAGUAUCCACAACUAGACCUAUAGUAGUAUACUGUACAUGCAUAUUAUAGCAUAUAUUAUAAACUGGGUGGUUCGAGCCCUGAAUGCUGAUUGGCUGACAGCCGUGAUAUAUCAGACCGAAUACCACUGGUAUGACAAAACAUUUAUUUUUACUUCUCUAAUUACAUUGGUAACCAGUUUAUAAUAGCAAUAAGACACCUCGGAGGUUUGUGAUAUAUGGCCAAAAUACCACGGCAAAGGGCUGUGUCCAGGCACUCCGUGUUGCGUCGCGCAUAAGAACAGCCCAGAGCAGUGGUAUUUUGGCCAUAUACCAAAACCCCCUCGGGCCUUAUCGCUUAAAUAUAGCUAAUCUAUUACAGUACGUAAAUAGGCUUCACACAAACAUGAUGCAUGCAUACCGGACAUACUGCGCAUGCUAAGACACUCACAAACUCAUAUGUAACACUAAUGCUCAUUUAUCUAUCUCUCUCUCUUUCUCUUCUCUCGCUCUCUCAGAUACCUCAGUACUCGUGGGAUUCUUCGACUCAGGGCAUGCUGCUGGGGGCCUUCUUCUUUGGCUACCUGGUGACGCAGAUCCCCGGGGGUUACCUGGCCGGACACUUUGGGGGGAGUAUCUUCCUGGGGGGAGGGGUGCUGGGCACCGCAGCCCUCACCCUCCUCACCCCCCUGGCAGCCCAGCUAGGACCCUACUGGCUGUUUGGUUUACGGGCACUGGAGGGAUUUGGGGAGGUAAGAGGCUUCAUGUGUGCAGAGUAGGGAUCAAUCUCGUUCUGUUAUCAGCUUUGAACAGGAUUAGCAUUUGAUUGUAUAAACAACUGUAUUUAUGGUAUGCAUAUAGCCAAAUUGUCAUAAUUUUCUGUAAAACACCAAGGUAAAUUGUUCAUUUCAGUGACAUAAGAAUGGUUCAUUUAAAUCAGUGAGUAUCGCUCUGGGUUUGUGUGUCCUCAGGGGGUGACGUUCCCGGCCAUGAUGGCCAUGUGGGCUUGCUGGGCUCCCCCUCUAGAGAGGUCUCGUCUUAUGACCCUGUCGGGGUCAGGGGCCAACUUUGGGGCCUUUGUAGCCCUGCCCCUCACCGGCUUCAUCUGUCACAGUCUGGGCUGGCCCGCUGUCUUCUACAUGUGUGGUGAGAGUUGGAUAGCAAUUACACCCCUCAAACAUAUACAUUCAUUACACACCUCAAACAUAUACAUUCCUCCCUACACAUACCAUAUCUGCAUUUCUCUGCAUACCCAACAUUUCAGCUCUUAUUUUGUUCUCUUGUGAAGUUUUCACACACAUUAUACUUUCCCAUUUUUUAUAUCAUUCACAAUUCUUCUCUGCACACUCUCUUGUUCAGCACAAACACUAUACCUGCACAACCUCUUGCUUUGUAAAGAUGUCAACAGAAUCAGGCUUUUUUCUCACUGUCCCUCUGUCUCUCUCUGCCUCUGUCUCUCUCUCUGUCCCUCUGUUUCUCUCUGCCUCUGUCUUUCUCGCUGUCCCUCUUUCUCUCGUCACCAGGGGUUGCUGGUUGCAUUUGGGCAGUGUUCUGGUUCAUUCUGGUGUCGGACCAGCCUGGCACUCAUCCACGAAUCAGCACAAGAGAAAAAUAUUACAUCAUCAACUCCAUAGGAAAAGAGGUAAGAACAUUCUAUCUGUGGUGUCCUUAAUGACCCUUUGUCAUACAUUUGUAAAUCGGUUCACAAUCAAUCCCCUUUCUCUCUCUCUUUCUCUAACUCUCUAUCUCCUCUCUCUCUCUGCAUCCUAACCCAGGGUGGUUCCCAUGGCUGGUCAGUGCCUUUGUUACCCAUGAUGCUCUCUGUUCCCCUGUGGGCCAUCAUAGUGUCUCAGAUGUGUGCCAACUGGGGUUAUUACACUCUGCUCACCUCACUACCCACCUACAUGGACACGGUGCUUCACUUUGACCUCCAACAGGUGAGACCCAAAGAAAUCAUAUAUUAAGUGAUACAUCAUUGAUAUAUAUGGACAUAUGAUUUCUAUGGGUGACGCCAGAAGAGGAGAGAGACAGAGUAAGAUACUUAAUUCCAGAGUGCUGUAAAGACCAGAUAGGUAUAGAAAAUAUGGUAAGAGCUCCAUCUGGUGUUAUUAGGCUAUGUAGGUAGAGUGUUGCCAUAUUUCUUACACAAGUGCAUAUAUAGGUGGUAGGACUAGAGAAUGACUAAGAUUUAGUGUCGUAUCAGUAUAUCACAGUGUACAGGGAUAGAACAGGAGUCUCUAGACUUGAAUCAUGUUGUGUUAUUACCUAGGCCUAUACUGUGCUGCUGUAGCAUUGCUUUAAUAAAACAUUGGUGAAAGUGAUGCCAUCUUAUCUGGAUAUUUUAUUCCUGCAAUGUAGUUGCAAUCAUUUCUGUUGGUGUUUUUGUUGUUGGUUAAUAUUGUCUAUUUCUUUCUGACUCUCUGUAUAGAAUGCCUUUCUCUCAGCUCUGCCCUUUCUGGGUGGCUGGGCCUUCUCAGUGAUAUCAGGUGUAGUAGCAGACAGCCUCCUGGAGAAGGAGCUGUUGAGCGUCACAGCGGUCCGCAAGAUCUUCACUAUCACAGGCAAGGAGGGGACUUUUAUUUUGAAAGGAAUUGGUCUUGGUUACUUAUGGACUUUACCAGAUGUUCGAUUGAUUGGCUGGUAAAACGUACAAAUGUUUGCAACAGGGAUUCUUUGGAUGUUAUUUCAUGCAGUGGAUAUUUUAGUCUUUAGUAAUAUGUUUUAUAACAGAAUAGGAACUAAUAGAAUAUUACAUUUUAGUCAUGAAGAAGACGCUCUUAUCCAGAGCGACUUACAGUUAGAGUAUCACAUACAGUGGGGGAAAAAAGUAUUUAGUCAGCCACCAAUUGUGCAAGUUCUCCCACUUAAAAAGAUGAGAGGCCUGUAAUUUUCAUCAUAGGUACACGUCAACUAUGACAGACAAAAUGAGAAAAAAAAAUCACAUUGUAGGAUAUUUAAUGAAUUUAUUUGCAAAUUAUGGUCACCUACAAACAAGCAAGAUUUCUGGCUCUCACAGACCUGUAACUUCUUCUUUAAGAGGCUCCUCUGUCCUCCACUCGUUACCUGUAUUAAUGGCACCUGUUUGAACUUGUUAUCAGUAUAAAAGACACCUGUCCACAACCUCAAACAGUCACACUCCAAACUCCACUAUGGCCAAGACCAAAGAGCUGUCAAAGGACACCAAAAACAAAAUUGUAGACCUGCACCAGGCUGGGAAGACUGAAUCUGCAAUAGGUAAGCAGCUUGGUUUGAAGAAAUCAACUGUGGGAGCAAUUAUUAGGAAAUGGAAGACAUACAAGACCACUGAUAAUCUCCCUCGAUCUGGGGCUCCACGCAAGAUCUCACCCCGUGGGGUCAAAAUGAUCACAAGAACAGUGAGCAAAAAUCCCAGAACCACACGGGGGGACCUAGUGAAUGACCUGCAGAGAGCUGGGACCAAAGUAACAAAGCCUACCAUCAGUAACACACUACGCCGCCAGGGACUCAAAUCCUGCAGUGCCAGACGUGUCCCCCUGCUUAAGCCAGUACAUGUCCAGGCCCGUCUGAAGUUUGCUAGAGUGCAUUUGGAUGAUCCAGAAGAUGAUUGGGAGAAUGUCAUAUGGUCAGAUGAAACCAAAAUAGAACUUUUUGGUAAAAACUCAACUCGUCGUGUUUGGAGGACAAAGAAUGCUGAGUUGCAUCUAAAGAACACCAUACCUACUGUGAAGCAUGGGGGUGGAAACAUCAUGCUUUGGGUCUGUUUUUCUGCAAAGGGACCAGGACGACUGAUCCGUGUAAAGGAAAGAAUGAAUGGGGCCAUGUAUCGUGAGAUUUUGAGUGAAAACCUCCUUCCAUCAGCAAGGGCAUUGAAGAUGAAACGUGGCUGGGUCUUUCAGCAUGACAAUGAUCCCUAACACACCGCCCGGGCAACGAAGGAGUGGCUUCGUAAGAAGCAUUUCAAGGUCCUGGAGUGGCCUAGCCAGUCUCCAGAUCUCAACCCCAUAGAAAAUCUUUGGCGGGAGUUGAAAGUCCGUGUUGCCCAGCGACAGCCCCAAAACAUCACUGCUCUAGAGGAGAUCUGCAUGGAGGAAUGGGCCAAAAUACCAGCAACAGUGUGUGAAAACCUUGUGAAGACUUACAGAAAACUUUUGACCUGUGUCAUUGCCAACAAAGGGUAUAUAACAAAGUAUUGAGAAACUUUUGUUAUUGACCAAAUACUUAUUUUCCACCACAAUUUGCAAAUAAAUUCAUUAAAAAUCCUACAAUGUGAUUUUCUGGAUUUUUCUCCCUCAUUUUGUCUGUCAUAGUUGACGUGUACCUAUGAUGAAAAUUACAGGCCUCUCUCAUCUUUUUAAGUGGGAGAACUUGCACAAUUGGUGGCUGACUAAAUACUUUUUUCCCCCACUGUAUACUGUAUAUAUGUGUUGUUGUUAAUUGUGUGAAUGGCCAAACCUAUGUGUCUCUAUUAUCAAUAGAGAGUAAGUGCAGCUUUUGUAUAUUGACCAUGUAUAUUGAUGUCACAGGAGGCUGCUGAGGGGAGAACGGCUCAUAAUAAUAGCCAGAACGGAGCAAAUGCAAUGGCAUCAAACACCUGGAAACCAUGUGUUUGAUGUAUUUGAGCCCAUUCCACUAAUUACCAUGAGCCCGUUCUCCCCAAUUAAGGUGCCACCAACCUCCUGUGAUUGAUAUAUAUUGUUGACCGCUCCUCCUCCAGGUCUGCUGCUGCCUGCAGCGUUCCUGGUUGCUGUGGGCUACUCCGGCUGCAAUGGCGUGUUGGCUGUGACCUUCCUUACCCUCUCUACAACUGUAGGAGGCACCAGUGCAGCCGGGAUCUUCAUCAACCAGAUAGACAUUGCUCCACGGUGGGUGUUUAUCUAUUUGAGAUGUCGUCACUUAACUUGUUUCUCUUCACUUCUCUCCCUACUCACCAGUCUUUUCUGGCAUGUUUUGGACCUUCACUGAACUGUCUCUCUCUCUUGCACUCUUUAUAUCACACUCUCAGUCACUGAAGACUGAAGAAGUCACUCACUUACUCACUGCUUUUUCUCUGCUUUUGGAUGUUUGGAUGUAUUUGAACCUCUUUUUUUCUCUCUCUUCCUCUCUUCCUCAGGUAUGCAGGGGUGCUUUUAGGAAUCACCAACACUUUCGGAACUAUCCCAGGUGUGGUCGCACCCAUCGUCACGGGUUACCUCACCAAAGAUGUAAGCUUUCUGGUGACAUUUCCUUCAUAAUCAAAUGUAUUAAUUCUGUACUACUUUUGGUAAGAAUUAAAUAUAUGUAAUAUAUCUACUUAUAUACAGCCCAAUGCAGUAACUUUUAGAAAUUAGCCAUUAGGAAGAUCUCAAGCAGCCCAAUUCUGAUCUUUCUUCCACUAAUUGGUAUUUUGACCAAUCAGAUCAGCUCUGGAAAAGGUCUGAUGUGUAAAGAUCUGAUGUGAUUGGUCAAAAGACCAAUUAGUGGAAGAAAGAUCAGAACUGGGCUGCUUGAGAUCUUCCCAAUGGCUAAUUUCUAAAAGUUACUGCACCCUUGAAGACUGUUAUACAUACGACUAUGUCCCCCCUCCCUCCUGGAACAGCAAUCCCUGGCGGGAUGGAGGAGUGUGUUCUGUCUGUCGGCCGGGAUCAGCGCCGGAGGAGCUCUCAUCUACACCUUGUUUGGCACCGGGAAGGUCCAGAAAUGGGCCCUGGUAGAGGAGGAUCAGGAGCAGGCAGAAACAGAGAGAGACAGAUUAAUCACUACAUGACAGACAGACAGGCAGCCAUGACCUAAAGCAGGGUUCCCCAACUGGCGGCCCGCGGGCCGAAUUUGGCCCACGGUGGUUUUAUUUGGCCUCCCCAUGUUUUCUGAGCAACAAAUAACUAAAACAGUAUAUUUUAAUUUUUUGAAUUUUCAUUGUUGGACAUAAAAAAUGUAAAAACACCAGGAAAUCAGCUCCAAGUCAUUUUAAUUUAAUAAUCUGUUCCCAAGUAUUUCUACGCAUAAUAGAGAGGCACGUGAUCAUAUACAAAUGUAAGCAACGUUUGAAAUUAUUAUGUUUUAGUCAAAUUUAGUCUGUUUGGGCUUCUUGCGGUCAAUUUGCAGUCUACAAAUUAUUUUGAAUUAUGUUCCGGCCCCCCUACCAUCCGCUCAAGAAAAAUGUGGCCCGCAGCUGAAUCUAGUUGAUGAUCCCUAACCUAAAGGGAAUAGGACCUGUAAGAUAUAAACUGACCUCAGGUUAACUUGACUCACCAUCAGGUGGUUUUAAAAAAGAUGGACCAGUGCAUUUGAACAGUCUCUUAGUACACUGUGUUGGGAUGGGACCCUAUAUCAGAUACGAUAUUAAAAUGGCCUCUUGAAAUUCCAAAUGCCUUUCUUUAGUAUUGUUUACAACUAUCUGUUUCUGACCAUGUUUCGUAUUUAUAUACAGGAUGAAUCGUUAUGCCUUUUAUACUCAAAUCAAAGAGCUUUACGUUUGAGUUUGAGUUUCUUUUUCUUUUUACAGGGACAGUGCACAUUAAUCAACGUUUCAGUAAAAGUGCCGGUUUUAGCCAGCUGGCUAAUUUUCAACAGCAGUCCCUGUGCAGGUUAUUAAAAACGAUUACAAUAACAAUACAGACAAACAAUGAGCAGUGAGCACAUGCAGAGCAACAUAGGACAAGCAGCACACAGACAGAGCAACAGCACAAAAAGCAACACAACAAAAUCCAUAAAAGCAACAAAGUGUUUCCAUACCUCACAAGCUACAGACAACAGAUAACAUGGAAAGCGGCAAUACACAGCUAGGGAUUAUGUUCACAAGUCUGAUUGGCCUUUAGCCAUGUCUUUAUGUUUUUUGUGAAGGUGCGAUAGGUGGUGCAGUUAUGUGUGUCUGAUGGCAGUGUGUUCAAGACAUGGGAAGCUCUCACAGAGAAAGCAGUUUGACUAAAGAUGCUUUUCCUUAAGGGAACUAUACAGUCACCUCUCAUGGCAGACCUUGUGGAUCUGCUGCCAUGGGUUUGGGUUUUCUGUUUGGCAAAAGUACUAAGUGGAGUGGAGGCAGGCCAUUUAGAAUCUUGAAUACAAGACAUCUGUCAGUGUAUUGCACAAGAUUUUCCCAACUCAGGAGCUCAUGCUUUCUGAGGAUGUAACAGUGAUGAUGGCUAUUGGACAGACUGAAUGGGUUUUAUGUGACGUGGUGAGGUUGGACCCAGGAGCAGAGAAGAGACCAGACUAGGAAUCAGUGGUUAAGGGGGGCGAACCCGAACUGAUGGAGACAUUCCAGUGGAUGAGUUUGGCAAUGGUUAUGAGCAUAUUCCGAAGAUGGCCUGAGUGGAGACGAAACAGCGGAGGAACUUCUCCAGUGCCUGGUUGGCUCGCUCAGUUUGCCCAUUCGACUGUGGGUGGAACCCCGAGGAGAGACUCACCGACGCCCCCAACAGGGAUCAGAAGGCUUUCCAAUACCGUGCGACGAACUGGGGCCCACGAUCCGAGACAAUGUCCUGGGGAAUCAUGAGAUCAGCUAUCUCCUUCGCCGAGGGCAACUUGGGUAAAGCGAUGAAAUGGGCUGCCUUGGAGAACCAAUCGACGACCACCAGGAUAGUGGUAAGCCCUUGGGAUGGAGGUAACCCUGUGAUAAAGUCUACAGACAGGUGGGACCAGGGCCGGCUGGAGAUGGGCAGAGGUUGGCGCAACCCAGCCGGUCGCUGUCGUGAGGACUUGCUUUGGGCACAGGUGGAACAAGCCGCAACGAAGGAUCUCACAUCCUCAAUCAUGUUGGGCCACCAGAAUUUUCACCUCAGGAACUCCAGUGUCCGAUUAACCCCAGGAUGCCCAGUUAAUUUAGAGGAGUAUCCCCAUUGUAGUGCUCGAGAACGGGCUGAUCACAGAACAUAAAGUCUGUUAGUGAGACCCCCCCCCCAGGGUCAGGUUCUCGGGUCUGGGCUUGUCGUACCGUGGUCUCAAUACUCCAUACCACGGGAGCCACAAUGCGGGAGCUGGGGAUGAUGGGCUCGGAGUCCCUCUCCUCGUUAGAGACAUUGUGUUGACGGGACAGGGCGUCUGGGUGUAUAGUAGGUGUCCCGUGGACCAGGAGAAUAGUGGGUUAUGUAGCGCAAGCCAGGGGUACCCUAGGAUAAUGGGGUUCUCGGGAGCAGUGAUCAAAAGAAAACUAAGAGUCUCUGAGGGGUUCACCCCAACCUGCAGUAAAAUGGGCUUGGUCUGAUAUUCCACCUGGCCGGAGCCAAUGGGGCGUUAAUCUAGGGCUUGAAUCUGCAGAGGGAUGGGACAUUUCACGCAGGGGAUUUGUAAUUCUCUGGAGAAGUCUUGAUCAAUGAAAUGAUCAGCGGCCCCGGAGUCCAUGAAGGCUUGAAUCUGGUUCUGACGGUUGAAUCUGGAUUUGACGGUUGUCCCAGUGGAGGGUUGCGGGUAGUGACAGACGGUGACUGGGUAGCCGGGGUGAAACUGCACAGCUCGUCAGGGUCUCCCCUUGUCCUGGCGAGCCCUGGCGUUUCCCAUUAGCUCUGGCAUUUAGCAAGGAGAUGGCAGAGACCUCCGCAGUAGAGGCAGCAGCCUUCGCCCAUGCGCCUGUCAUGUUCCUAUGGGCUCAGACGUGUGCGUCUCAGCUGCACAGACUCCCUGAUGCUGGGCUCGGGUGGUGUCAAAAAGGCGCUGUCUCACACAUUCUCGGAGGCGGUUGUCAAACCUGAUUGCCAGCGUUAUCAGGGACUCUAGGUCCUUUCCCAGUUCCCGAGAGGCCAGUUCAUCCUUAGACAGACCCUGGUGGAAAGCGGUGACCAGUGCCUCCAUAUUCCACCCACUCUCGGCGGCGAGGGUGUGGAACUCAAUGGCGAAGUCAGCCACUGGUCUGGCCCCUUGGUGGAUGUUGAACAACAAAGCUAAUAUGGAGCUGCAGGAUGGUGGCUGCUGUUCCCACACCGCCGUUGCCCACGCCAGGGCCUUGCCAGAGAGUAGAGAGAUGGUGUAGGUGAUCAUGGCCCGAUCGGUGUGGAACGAGGAGGACUGUAGCUCGAACACAAGAGAGCACUGAGUGAGGAACCCCUUGUAUCCUCCCGGGUGUCCGUCAUACCGCUCGGGGGCUGGGAUCUUGGGUUCCCGGUGCAGGUUCCCUGGAGGAACUACGGCAACGCCUGUAGCACUGGGCGAUGAGACUUGGGCAUUGGCUCCUCCUGGGUUGGGGUUGGACUGUGGUUGGAAGAAGUCGGUAAGUGCCCGGAGGGUCUCUGAUAUUUGGGAGAGUUGUUCUUGCUGCCGCCUUAGCAGUGCUCCUUGGUGGGUUACAACGUUCUUGAUCUGGGUGAUCUCUGCUGGGUCCAUGUUGGAGGCAGAAAUUUGCUGUGACAUGGGAGGUGGGACCACGGAGCAGAGAAGAGACCAGACGAGGAAUCAGUGGUUAA